UCCCUGUGAGUCUACGAAUCACUACAAACAGAAUGGCGGUCUUUUUCAAUACGGAGGAGGUGUUAGAGCAGGUUCUGAGGUCUGAAGACGAUUUUGCUAGCGAGGAAGAGGUAGUUUUAGAUGAGGAAGACAGCGAAAAAGAUAAAAUCAGAGAGUUUUUAGGAAGUUACGAGGGUGGAAAGGAAUUCGACCGCGAGUUCUUUGUAGAGAAGGCGACAGAAGUCAUUUUACCGAUUGUAAAAGCUUCUAGAACAAGAACUGAUGCCGAUUGUCUGUGUACAUCAACAAUAUCUGCUGCAUCAGUACUGAAUGUAGAGGGAAAACUCUGGCUAAAAUCAAUACACCGACGAUUAGGAGGCAGAGUGUCAGUUAAAAAGCCAUAUUUUGCUGAGGUACAACGAAAUAUUCCACAGAAUAUUUUUGAUGAAGUAACUCUCAUGUUGAGAAGGAGUCUAUCCCAGCAUUUCCAGGAGCCAUACUGUAUUAUUGGCAAAAACCGCAAGGGUGUGGUUGUUUCUUUCACCAACCUGAGAUCAAUACUAAAGUUUUUUGAGUUGCUCACUAGUAUUGGUACAGGUGAGGUGAGGAAAUUGUUUACUCGCUCUGUCAAAAGUGGAUCUAGGUAUGGACAUAAAGUGAAACUUUUAGUUUCAGACAACAAGGACUUUGCCUUUGUUYAUAAAUAYAGUACUGGUCAGUUAUCAAUUCAAUUCCACUAUGGUGAAUGGAAUACAUGUGGAGCUCCAUGUCAUCCAAAUCCUGAAAAUGAUUAAAUUCUCAAAACUCUAACAAGAGUAUUAUUGUGAGUACAUUUUGCAUCUCUGUGUAUUUGUAAUGCAAAUAUGUUAUUUUGAAUAUUGAGUAAAUUCUAACUGAAACACAUGGAGUUGAAGUCUACUUUUAUUGACUGAAUAGUAUUACAGAAU